GAUGAUUUGGUUUGCUUGUAUAUCGCGUACUUGUAUUUUGCAAGCAGAUUUCCCGUAUACCUGAGUAAGAUGCUGUCUGCCUUAUACGGCAGGAUGUUUUUCAGUGCAUCUGUCGAAAAUAUUUUGCUUGUACGAUUCAGAGGCAUUUUCCCGAAUACGUGACGAAAAUGAUUUUUUUUUUGUAUAUUGUAAGUAUAUUUUCUGUACAUUUUAGGAUGAUUUGUUUAUUGUUUAUUUGUUAAAGGCAUUUUACUAAUGCAUUUUCGUACACCUGACGACGAUUGUGUUUCCUUGUAUAUUGCAAGAUUGUGUUUCCUUGUAUAUUGCAAGUGCAUUUUCAGCUCACCUGAUGGUGAUGUUAUUUGUCUGUUCAUUACAAGUGCAUUUUUCGUACACCUAAGGAUGAUUUUGUUUAACUGUAUUUUACUAAUGCACUUCCGUACAUCUGAAAACGAUUGUGUUUGCUUGUACCUUGCGAGUGCAUUAUUCGUACACCUGGUGGCGAUAGUAUUCGCCUGUCUGAACACCUAUCAGCGAUGUUGUUUGCCUGUAUAUUGCAAGCGCAUUUAUUUCAAUACACCUGAUGGCGAUAGUGUUUGCCUGUAUAUUACAAGUGCAUUUAUUCCAAUGCACCUGACAGCGAUAGCGUUUGCCUGUAUAUUGCAAGUGCAUUUAUUCCAAUACACCUGACAGCGAUGGUAUUUGCCUGUAUAUUGCAAGUGCAUUUAUUUCAAUACACCUGACUGCGAUGGUAUUUGCCUGUAUAUUGCAAGUGCAUUUAUUCCAAUACACCUGACGGCGAUAGUGUUUGCCUGUAUAUUGCGAGUGCAUUUAUUCCAAUACACUUGACAGCGAUGGUACUUGCCUGUGUUUUGCAAAUGCAUUUAUUCCCUUGCACAUGACUGCAAUUGUGUUUGUUUGUAUUUACAGGUGCAUUUUCCGUAUACCAGGCGACGAUGAUGUUUGCCUGUAUUACAGGUGCAUUUCUUUUACCAUAUUUACUAACGAUGUUAUUCGCUGGUAUUCCGAUGUAUUUUAUGGAGUUGGCUCUGGGUCAGUGGCUGAGCAUUGGAGGCAUAGGAGUGUGGAAAAUAUCACCAGCGUUCAGAGGUGUAGGAUACGCUGCAGCUGUAAUGGCGGCCUGGCUGAACAUUUUCUACAUCGUUAUCCUAGCAUGGGGUAUUUUCUACCUGUUUUCGUCCUUCACCUCUGUGUUGCCAUGGUCACAUUGUAACAGUUGGUGGAACACACAUAAUUGUAUGUCCGCCUAUGACAGGGACCAUAUACCAUACAAGUGUUCGAAUGAGAGCUACACUUUUGAGAUUAACAAGACAGACUACGCCAAUAUUACGUUGAUGUACGGCAACGUAAGUGACUUCGUUUGCAAGCAGUUUUACGACGGAACCAAGUAUUCAUCACCAGUCAGGGAAUUCUGGGAGCGAUAUGUGCUGCAGAUUUCCAGUGGUAUAGAUCAACCGGGCAAUAUACGUUGGCAACUGUCGUUGUGUUUGCUCCUCGUCUGGAUCAUGUGUUAUUUCUGUAUAUGGAAGGGCAUCAAAUGGACAGGCAAGGUUGUGUAUGUGACAGCCUUGUUUCCUUACGUCUUGAUGACGGUGUUGCUGAUUCGUGGUGUCACACUGCCGGGAGCCAUGAACGGCAUUAGAUUCUACCUCUUACCUGAUUUUGAGAAAAUUAAAAAUUCUAGUGUGUGGAUUGACGCUGUCACUCAGGUUUUCUUCUCGUAUGGACUUGGGCUAGGGUCACUGAUUGCUUUGGGGAGCUACAACAAGUACCAUAAUAACGUAUACAAGGACGCACUAUGUAUCUCACUUCUGAAUAGUUGCACAAGUAUUUUUGCGGGAUUUGUAAUUUUCUCCGUAAUUGGUUUCAUGGCACGUGAACAACAACUUCCGGUCAGUGAAGUAGCGGCAUCAGGUCCAGGAUUAACCUUCUUGGCUUAUCCGAGCGCCAUGGUCCAGUUGCCGAUAUCACCACUGUGGUCAGUGUUGUUCUUUCUGAUGUUACUUAUGCUUGGACUGGACAGUCAGUUUGUGACGAUGGAGGGGUUCUUUACAGCUUUGAUUGAUGAAUUUCCGUCAGUCCUCGGGAGACAUCGUGAAAUAUUCAUUGGUAUAAUCUGCUUUAUGUCGUAUCUAGUCGGCUUGUCGUGUGUCACAGAGGGAGGCAUGUACAUUUAUCAGCUAUUUGACUUCUAUGCCGCCAGUGGUCUCUGUCUGCUGCUGCUUAUAUUUUUUGAAUGCAUCGCCGUCUCAUGGGGAUAUGGCAUCAAUCGAUUCUACAAGAAUCUACACUCAAUGUUUGGAUUUUACCCUAGUCCUUUCUGGAAGUUCGCCUGGGUUAUAGCUACUCCAUCUAUAUGUAUGGGCGUUUUCCUAUUCUACAUCGUGCAGUUCGAACCUGUGAAAUAUUUGACAUAUGAGUACCCAACCUGGGCUCAUGGCAUCGGUGCCAUGAUGGCGCUGUCAUCUGUGGGGCUCAUACCUACAUAUAUGAUCUAUCUUUUCUUUGUGACCCCUGGAACAGUUUUAGAGCGAUGCAAGUCCAUGUUUAGACCAGAAAUCAAGCUUCCGGGUAACCAAGCAGUAGUGGAUGCGCCGCCAUCUUACUCGGAAGUGACGAUGCAGGUGACACGUGACGGCAUCGUUCAGUUUUGAUAUAACGGCAUCGUUCAGCUUUGUGAGACGCCUUGAAAACCGUUGCUAUUGGACACCGUUUUAUCAAAGCAAUAAAAUGACUGAAACAAGAUGUCGGCGAUCACGUUUUCUGUGGUUUCAACAAUUAGAAAAGAUCUUCAAGAUUUUUAAAUUUUGAGGUUUAGAGACACAAAAUUGGUCUUGAUGGUUAUUUAAUAGUACAGGAUAUAUAAGUUCCAUGUAGCAGACUUUUGGGUCAGCUUUAGAGAUGUCUCCUCAAAUCAUGAUAAGUUAAGUCCAUUAUAUAUUUUGAGUGCGUGACUCACGCAGUAAAUAUAGUCUUCUGCAUUAUUUCACACACUACAUUAGUCUUGUUUCCAGUAAAUACUGCCCACACCAUUUUUAAAUCACAUUUCUAAAGAUUAAAAAACAAACAACUGGCAAAAAGUUCCUAAUUUUGAAAAGUUUAGCAUAAAUCUGAAGGUAUGCCAGUUUAUCAGCAAUCGUAUUUAGUAUUUGUUUAUGUAUUUAAAGAUUCUUUGGUUUUUAUCCUGUUAGCUGUUUCAACAAAUUUAUGUAUUAAUGUAAAAUAAUAAUGUAUAUAUUUGUGUAUUGAAUAUUGUUAUAAUAAAUAGCAGUUUAUCAAGACGUUCUAGUCAAAAUAUAUAUAUGAAUAUACGGUGAUAGCAUGCACUUUGAUAUAUUAAAAAACGGUGUUUCCUAUUUGAUGUACAUUAGGAAGAGAAAUACAAAAUGCUUUUUGUAUUAGAAUUUUUAUCAUUAAUUUUUAAUUGCUGCUGAAGCAAGGGAAAAAACUUUAUCCUCAUAUAAGGUAGUUCUGCACGGUUGCAUCUAUCUUUUUUUACAAUGUAAAAUUUGAUUAAGUUCUGAUGUUGUUUUUUUUUUUUUUCAAAAUUUUAGAAUAUACUUAGAAAAUUCGACAAAUAAAAUACCAUAGGGUCGUGUACUUGAUUUUUUUUAUUUGCUAGACUGAUGCGAAAAUAAAUAAACCUCACACAAGUUUUCAUUAUGGAAGCCUUUGAGAAAAUCACAAUUUUGAUAACAUUUUCGCGAAUGUAAAGUUUUGUACAAUGUAGAUUUAAAUGACACUUCUCGCAGUCGUAAAAAAACCCAUAUGAUUAUAAAUGAUUAAAUGAAAUGUGUACGUUCGUGUGCUUGAUUUGAAAUAUUUGCCUAUGAUUAAAAGAGAGAUCCGCACACUUCAAGCUGAUUUCAAGAAAUAAUUGACAUAAUUUGGAAUAAUAUAUUUAGUCUAUCAAACGUUUCAAUAUCAUUUUUUGUCUUUAAAAAGAUAGUUACGUCGCUAUAGAUCGCUAUUAAUUUCAUAAAAUUAUUUUCAAAUCCGCAUGACGAGUCCAGGUGUUAUUUUAAGUUAUCCGGGUAAAUGACUUUAUGCCAUUAUUUCCAAUUUACCAAACGUGCAGAACUACCUUGACAAAAUCUUUUGAUAAUUAAUUUUGUUGAUAUAACUAUAUGCAUGCAUGUUGUAAAAGUGAAAUAAAGGUAUUUGAUUUUCUA